CCUUUCCCUACUCCAGAGAGCCCUUCCCACAGCCAUCGGCUGUGCCGAGGGGACAGAGAUGCUGCCUCCCAGGCAGGCUGGGGCAUGAGACCCUCUGCAUACGGGGCAAGGAGGGGGGUCGGGACAUGGCCUGGCUGGGCUGGGAGCUCAGCAUGGCUCAGGGAGUCCUGAGCACGCAGCCCUAGCCUGGAGGGGUGGGUGCCUGCUCCCUAGGAGAGCUGCCACCAGAGAAGGGACCUCAGUGGCCUUUUCUCCACCAAGCUCUGCUCCUGAAGAGCUGGGUGGACACUGAACAAGCGGGGACGUGUCAUCUUCCUCAUGGUGCCCAGGCUAUGCUCAAAAGGUGGUUCUGGCUGCCCCAGAAGAUAAGCACCAGGGCAGAGGUGAGAUGGCAGACACAGGCAGGGAGCAGGAGUCCUGAGCCGCUGCUCUCACAGAGCCCCUAGCCAGCUGUGGCCUCCAGCUGCAACCCCUCUGGUGGGACAUGCCGAAGAUUUUCUGACCUCUGCCAGAUUCAGAACACGCUCCGAGGACAUGGGAUUCCCUGUUUAUCUUCUGCUUCUCCUCCCAUGUCUGGCAGGGGCCAUUCUGGACAUCACGCUGAUCGCCAACGUGCAGAGCCUGUCUCACUCCGAAUUCUUCCUCUCCUGUGUCAUGGGGGAGCACGAUGUGAGUUACCUGCAGAUCGAGAGAGAGAACAAGAUCGUGAUGACGCACCCCAAGACAGGCUUCCAAAACUACCGCAACAGCAGCAACCAAGUCCAGGCCAGGGGCUUCUCCAUGGCCGACCUGGUGGGGAUCCUCUACUGCCUGGGGCGCACCCCAGCCGAGCAGGCCCAAGUGUUCUAUGUGCACAACAGCCACAAUGCCCACCUUUUCCCAGUGAAGGCCACGCAGUCUGUGAACAUCGCUGAGCCAGCCACCUUCUCUGCCAGGGUCCUCAAGAGGAAGGAGACAGAUGUUAUGUGGAAAAGAAAUGGCACCUACUACCAGACCACAGACCGGGGCGAGGUGAGGGGCGACCUCGUUACCCUGACACUCCCCAACGUCAGUGUCAGUGAAAAUGGGGUCUACAGUGCCACAUUCAUGGGGGACAGCCCUCUGUGGAGUGCCUUCUACCGCCUGAUUGUGAGAGGCUGUCCUGCAAAGAAGUGGGGACCAUCCUGUGAGAAGGACUGUCCUGACUGUCUGAAUGGUGGCAUCUGCCACGAUCACGUUGGCGAAUGCAUCUGCCCUCCUGGGUUCAUGGGCACCCGCUGUGAGCGAGCCUGCCGGGAAGGCCAGUUUGGCCGCAACUGCCAGGAGACAUGCCAGAGAGCCCAGGGAUGCAGGGGGCUGAGCUUCUGCCUGCCGGACCCCUAUGGCUGCUCCUGCGCCUCGGGCUGGAGCGGCUCCCGCUGCAGCCAAGCCUGUGCUCCAGGAUACUAUGGCCCCAACUGUGCCCUGAGGUGCUCCUGCCGAAAUGGAGGCAGCUGUAACCGCUUCAGUGGCUGUGUCUGCCCCGCAGGCUGGCAUGGGCAGCACUGUGAGAAGUCAGACCGGUUCCCCCAGAUCAUCCAACUGGCCUCAGAGCUGGAGUUCAACCUGGGCUCUGAGCCCGUUGUCAGCUGUGUGGCCACUGGCAACCCGCUGCCUGCCAGCGACAGCGUGGAGCUGCGCAAGGCUGAUGGCACUGUGCUCAAGCUGAUGAAAGCCAUCAUCGAGCCAGGGCAGAUCACCUGCGAGUUCCAGGUGCGACGCCUGACAAAGGCGGACACAGGGCUCUGGGAAUGCCGGGUCUCCACGACUGGGGGCCAGGACAGCCGGAAGGUCAAGGUCAACAUCCGAGUGCCACCAGCACCCCUGAGCCCUCCCCGGCUGCUGGCCAAGCAGAGCCGCCAACUUGUGGUGUCACCUGUGGACUGCUUCUCUGGUGAUGGACCCAUUGUCUCCAUCAAGUUGUUCUACAAGCCCAAGGAUGACAACUCAGCAUGGUCAUCCAUUGUGGUUGACCACAGUGAAAACAUCACCCUCAUGAACCUCCGUCCAGUGACUGCUUAUGUUGUCAAGGUGCAGCUGAGCCGGCCAGGGGCCGGGGGGGAGGGCAGCAAGGGGCCUGAGGCCAUCAUGGUGACUGAGUGCCUUGAGCCCACAGUCAAGCCUGUGAUUGAAGGUUGGUCCAUAGAGGAAAAAAACACACUUCAUGUGAACUGGAAAUUGCCAAGUAGCCAUGAGCCAGCACAUGGGUUCAUAGUCCACCUCUUUGAUUCCAUGAGGAGGCUGGUCUCUGAGAAAAACAUCACAUCCAUCUCCGUGCUCUCCGCCCGCAUUGGUGACCUAGAAUUCAACAAGGAGUAUGGGCUGGAGGUGCUGGUCUACCACUGCACCAGCCUGGGGCCUCCCUCCGACCUCUACAAGGUCAUGAUCAACAGCAAAGGACCCUCCUCCCCACGCUCACUCUCAGCAGAGUCUGUGUCUGACAGUGCUGUCAGGCUCUCCUGGCAGAUCCCUGAAUACCCCAAUGGUGGCAUCACCAAGUACAUCGUGGAGCUGCAGCAGGUGGGGGGCACCAGUGAGCCCCAGUGGAUUGACACUGACAGUGGUGCAGAGACCACUAAGAUCGUCGGGGGCCUUAAUGCCAGCACUAGCUACCAGUUUCGUGUCAGGGCCAAUUCCCAUGUUCCAGGGGAAUGGAGCCACCCCGUGAAAGCCAAGACCCUGGGAGAUGGAGUGCUGAGUGUGCCACCCAGCCUGGGCAGCCAGAGCACCGAGCAGGCAGGAAUAGACCAGCAGCUACUCUUGGCCAUCGUCGGCUCCGUGUCUGUCACCUGCCUCACCAUCCUCUUUGCCCUCCUGGCACUUUUCCUCAUCAAGAAGAAUUUUUUCCACCGGCGCCGCACCUUUACGUACCAGUCUGGCUCGGUGAGUGCCACCUGCCCCUCCAGGACUGUGUCCCCAGCUCCCCACGUUCCAGCCCGAUCCAGGUCACGCUCUGUAGCCUCCAGUCCGGACACAGCCAGACCUCACUUCCACGCGGAGAGGGGGGAAGAGACCAUCCUGCAGUUCAACUCUGGGACCCUGACCCUGACACGCCGGCCUAAGCCACAGCCUGAGCCCCUCAGCUACCCCAUCCUGGAGUGGGAAGACAUCAAGUUUGAGGACAUGAUCGGGGAGGGCAACUUUGGGCAGGUCAUCAGGGCCAUGAUCAAAAAGGAUGGUCUGAAAAUGAAUGCAGCCAUCAAGAUGCUAAAAGAGUUUGCUUCAGAAAAUGACCACCGGGAUUUUGCUGGGGAACUGGAGGUGCUGUGCAAACUGGGCCAUCACCCCAACAUCAUCAACUUGCUGGGUGCCUGUGAGAAUAAAGGCUACCUGUACAUCGCCAUUGAGUAUGCUCCCUAUGGAAACCUCCUUGACUUCCUCCGCAAAAGCCGAGUUCUGGAAACAGACCCAGCCUUUGCCAAAGAACAUGGCACUGCCUCCACCCUCACCUCCCAGCAGCUCCUCCAGUUUGCUUCAGAUGUGGCUAAGGGGAUGCAGUACCUGAGUGAGAAGCAGUUCAUUCACAGAGACCUGGCAGCCAGAAAUAUCCUGGUGGGAGAAAACCUGGCCUCCAAGAUUGCCGACUUUGGCCUCUCCAGAGGGGAAGAGGUCUAUGUGAAGAAGACAAUGGGACGCUUGCCAGUUCGCUGGAUGGCCAUCGAGUCCCUGAACUACAGCGUGUACACCACCAAGAGUGAUGUGUGGUCAUUUGGCGUCUUGCUCUGGGAGAUCGUUAGUUUAGGUGGGACACCAUACUGCGGGAUGACGUGCGCUGAGCUCUACGAGAAGCUGCCCCAGGGCUACCGCAUGGAGAAGCCACGCAACUGUGAUGAUGAGGUGUAUGAGCUGAUGCGACAGUGCUGGCGUGACCGCCCCUACGAGCGCCCGCCUUUCGCCCAGAUCUCCAUGCAGCUCAUCCGCAUGCUGGAGGCCAGGAAGGCCUACGUGAACAUGGCCCUCUUUGAGAACUUCACCUACGCAGGAAUCGAUGCCACCGCCGAGGAGGCAUGAGAUGACACUGGCACUGCACAGAGGGGCAAUGCUGGCCCCAGCCUGCUGGGACAGUGCUGUGGGGACGAGGGACUGCCCAUCCUCCCCAGGGCCAUGCAGCCAAAUGCCAGUGCCACUUCCUGAGAGUGCCUUCCCCACAGCAGGACUGUGCCAUCCCUUCCCUGGGUGCCCACCCAGCAUGUGCUGGCCAUGCUGGCACAUCAACAGCCAUCAACACAGCUCCACAGCACUGGGGGACAUGAUGGGAUGGCCGCCAAGGAUAAGCAGCAACAGGGUGUUUGCAGCAGAGCUGGUAGGAGAGGGGCUCUGUCAGGAGCCACGGACCCACGUGCUUAAGAUUUGGGGUGAGAAGGGAAGCAGCAAACCAGCAGCUGCCUGCCCUCCAUCUCUCAGCAUGCUCUGGGCUUGAAGUGAUGCCAGCAGGACUGUGAAUAUCACUGCUGGCAUGGGACAGGGCCACCUCAGCAGGUGCGAAGAGACAAGGGACAGCACUGGCUGUGCACAGCCUCCAGCUCUGUGGUAACCCCUAAGAGGUGCCAGCUCUGCCUUAUGGACAAUAAACAUAGUGCAACAGGCAGCUGUACAUAGGAGGGGGUGUGGGGUUGAAGCUCUGCCCCACUGAUGGCACUUCUCCUCACUGGGAGAAGGAUGCGGGGCCCUGAUGAUUUGCUGACAUAGUGGACAUUCCUGGGUAUCCUAUCCCUGUUGGGGUCCUCUGACCCAGGGAUUCCCAGCACUCUGAGACAAGCCCCAGGUUUCAUCAUGCCAUGGGGAUCCAAUUUAAGACUACGUGUCCCCAAGGCAUAUGGAAAAUGGACCAUGUCCUUCCUCCGCACAAUUGCCUCUCACAUGCUUGAAAAUUGCAGCUUCCCCUCAGCCAGCCACUCUUCACAGGGACAGCCCUGUUCCAGUGGCCAAUGUCCCUGCAGGGCUGUGUGGCUCUGCACCCUUCCCACCCUGGACAGCUGGUUCCUGCCCAGGGACCAUCGUGUCCGACCAGCCUGCUGGGGCAAUUCUGUCCCAAGUGCUGGUCCGUUCAAAGAUCAUCUGGGCUCUGUGCUGACCCUCCCGUGGAGCUGCUGCCCCUGGCUGUGGUCGCUCGUCUUGCACGACUGCAGUUUAUUUUGUUGACAGCAGGGGGGUUUCAUCUUUUCUGGCUCCAACUUGCCAGGCUCUAGACAUGCCAUCAGCUGCCCGUCUAGUUAUCUUCUACAGUCCACAGAAAACCAGAGCCCAUUAUCUCAGCCCAAGGCAGAUGUAUUUGGAAUUUGCCCUUCUGGGCAGUGUCUUUUUUCUCCAGGUGUUUCAACCCUGGAAAUACAAUUCUUAUUUCCCAUUCUGGCCUCUGCUGC